AUGCCAGCUGUUGGGCUCGCCGCAUCUCACGGCGGUUCUGCCGGUUGCACUUCGGAUCUAGUUGCACGACCUCUGCAGCGCCCGCUUCGGAGCUUUAAGUUCCCCGCGAUUCUCGCUUCCGUCUCCGCCUCCCACGCGACGCCUCCGGGCCUCAGCCUCGCGCCGAGGUUCGGCCCGAGCCUGCUGUCGAGCCAGCCGGAUUCUGACGAUAUCUUUCCGUUACCGUCGGGCCCGGAGGAGCUUCAGCGCGCUGUGAUUGGCUGGCUGGAAGAGAAGGCGUCGCGCGUGCGUAACUUGCGCAAGUCCACUGCGGAAGCCGGCGGGCAGGCGCAGGUCACUCCGCGAGCGGGCUCGCUGGCGCUUGAGGCGCAACUUACCCGCGCAGUAACAUCCGCCCAUGCGCAUCUCAGUCGCGCGCAGACUUCGGCCGGGGAUGGCGCAAACCGCGCGCUAACAGCUCUUACUCGCCGACUCGAUGACGCAGUGACCACGGUGCGCGGGAAAUUGGAACAAACUGCGGGGAUCGGCGCGAGAUCUGGCGCGCCCUUGCUUGGUCCGGUUGCUGGAGUUGGUGCGCGGAUGGCGGUCGUGAAAGAGCGCGUGGGGAACGCGAAGGCGGAAGCGGAAGAGCGGAUGCUUUCUUUGCGCCGAUUCGGGGAGUUUUGGUGCCGAAUCGUUCAUGUAUACGGCAGCUACAAGGUUUGCCAACUCCACACCUCCCUCGCCCUCCCCCUCCCGGGUAACCGUCACCUCUCCUUACUCACAGACACACAGAAGCACGCAGCAUGGGAGAGGCAGCACGAGCGGGCAGCGGACCUGCUACACUCCCUCUGCACCGAAAUGCGCGGCUUCUUCCUUAAAGCGGGGCAGUUCUUAGCGAAGCCUGACGUGUCUCCCCCCGCGUGGGUGGCGAAGCUGGCCUCGCUGCACGAUGCUGCUCCUGCUGACCCGUUCCCGGUGGUGUGUGCGACGAUCGAGGGGGAGAUGGAGGCGGUAACUGGCAGGAAGGGAGUGAAGUGGACGGAUGUGUUUGCGAGGAUUGACCAGGAGCCUCUGGGUUCGGCCUCUAUUGCGCAGGUGCACAGGGCGUGGCUACACGAUGGGAGGAAGGUAGCAGUGAAGGUGCAGCACAGGGGGGCGCAGCCGCUCAUGCUCACAGACCUCGCCAACCUCAAGGCGUUCGGGGCGUUCCUUCAAAAGACAGAGCUGAAGAACAUGGACAUUGUGUCGGCUCUGGUGGAGCUGGAGAAACAGGUGCGGCUGGAGUUUGACUUCCGAAUAGAAGCAGAGGCAAUGGAGCGGGUUCACCUGGCGCUGAGAGGCGGUGGGAAGGGCGGAGAGAUGGCGAGAAGGAAACCAACUGCAGCAGCAGGAGGAGCAGCAGGAGGAGCAGAAGACGGAGCAGUCAAGAGCAGAGGUGGUGCUAAGCAGAGGAGGAGAGGUUCGAAACAGCAGCAGUCGGAACGCAGCAGUCACAUCAGCUCUUCCACCAUCCACCUCCUCCUCUUCCACCUCCUCCUCUUCCUCCUCGCCAGUCGUGGUGCCUCGCCCUGUUUCUGGCCUCGUGAGCCGGCAGCUGCUGGUGAUGGAUCUAAUCGACGGCUCGCCGCUGCUGAGAGUAGCAGAGCAGAUGGGAAGCAAGGCGGAUGGAUUCUUUGCUACGAGAAUGAAACGGCUGACCCGCACCCCGGUAACAUUCUCAUCUGCCCGGACCGAAAGGUCGCUCUCCUCGACUACGGGCAGACGAAACAAAUCUCCCAGCAGCACCGGCUGCAGCUCGCCGAGCUGAUCCUUGCCGUCGGUGACGGCGACGCGAGGAAGAUCGGACGGCUGUACAACGAGAUGGGGUUCGAGCUGAGCAAAACGGCCGAGGAAAAUCCGGAGAGCUUCAAGUGGAUGGCUACACUCAUGUUUGACACGCGGUCGGCGAAAGGCGCCACGACAUCGAACCCAUUUUCGGAGGAGCAUGCGGCGCAGAACAACGGCGUGAAAAAGUUUCCGGAGGAUUUGUUUUUUGUGGUGAGGUCGAUGCAGCUGCUGAGGGGGAUCUGCAUGGGCAUGGGGCUGAAUGAGUCGCUUGCGGAGCAGUGGCGGCCGAUUGCUCGGCAGGCGAUUCGGGAGGCGCAGAGGCAGAGGCAGCGGCAGUGA